AAACUCGGUAUCGCACAGUUAUAAAUUAUAAUAGAUUGUGUUUAUUGCAAAUACCUACCUACAUACAUACAUAUACCUAAUUUUACACAAAGAAUCACAUGCAGAGAAAUUACCUACUGACUAAUAUCGAAAUUUGUAUGACGAAGUGUAAAAACUUACGUAAAAAAUAAAAUAAUAGAUUGUUGUAUACCUAUGUGCAGGUGGUGUAGUGUUGUUUCGUCGCCUCAGAGCGCGGUCUCCCCACCAAUAUGUUUGGUGUAGUGUUUACAAUUCUCUCCGUCAGUAUUGCAUGCCACGCUGACACUAAUAAUUCAUCAUCGGAGCCGACACUGCUAGUCGCACCACCUCAGGCGUCCCGGCGCAUGUCAUCCGAUCUGGUUGACAAGUUGAGACGGCAACUCAUGCGCGACAACUACGACUAUCAGAAUGUAAACUCCAACGAACGCAGGAAACAGAAUGCCACUCGCAUGCCGGCAGCCAACGCGGCAGGCAGCGCAGACCAGCGUAUCAACUACGAGCCGCAGCAGCCUGCAGCCUGAGCAGCCCGAGCAGCCCGAGGAGCCAGUGCCGUCCGAGCCGUUUGAGCAAGCUGAGCCACUCCAGGAGCCCGAGCAGCCCGAGCAAUUUGAACAGCCUGAGGAGGUCGAGCAGCCCCAGGACCGUGAACCACCACCACAGCGCGAGUCACGUCCGCCGCGCCCACAGCGCCAGCAGCCCCAGCGCCAGCAGCCCCAGCGCCAGCAGCCCCAGCGCCAGCAGCCCCAGCGUGGCCACCGCUUCGAGCAGCGCAAGCGGUACGACAGCCCACAACAGAAGCAAGCCGCUGACUGGCCUCGCUACCGGGAGGCCAAGGAUGGAGCGCCGCUCAAUGACGAGUUGGACGCACGCGACUACUCGCCCGACCGCCGCGGCAACCCUGCCUACCAGAAUAAGCGGCGCGACACAAUGGACGGGUUUGUGAAUCAGAUGCAAGUCGCGCCCGUUGGUCAAAGAUUUAGGACGAGGCAGCAACAAGGUGGCCGUGAUGACAUGCAAGGAGAGGGCCCGACGCCUCCUAUAGAUCUAGACGAAAUAGAGCCGCCGGGUGAAUCACCCAACAACCCAGAGGAUGCAGACCAGGCCGAGCAGCCCGAGCAGCAGAAUGAGGACGAGGCACAGGAUGCUCCCGACCAGCAGGACGACGGCGAACAGCGUGAGUACUCUGGCCAGCAAGACCACCAGCAAGAUCAGAACGACCAAGCCUCAGACUACUCGGAUGGCAAACAUCAAGAUCAAGCAGCCUACGACGAGGUCCCAAAACGUGGUAGCAACCAACCCCAGCGCGGGGGCAGGUCUACAGGUCCACCGCCGCAGAACAAGCGAGACCAUCCAAUCUCCAACAAAGACCUAUUGUACUAUAUGGAUGACAAUCAGCUGCGACGCAACAACAUUGCGUCAGAUGAUCAAUCGUUCUCCGACGAAAACGAAUCGGACGAGCAGAAGAGCAGUGGUAAUCUUACCGAUAACCAUUCUCAUGGCAACGCUAGCCGGGCCACUGCAAAUCGUUUAACCCCUGGACGACCAGGUUCUCAUCGAGCUAAUUCCAGUAGUGUUUACGCAAAUGGCACAAAACUGAAUGCAGAGCGCCGUGACAUUAAUGGGGAGGUUAACGCGACGCAGCGGCCGCGCGGGGACCACACGCCGCGCACCUUCGUGGUCACCGUGGCGGGAGCCAACGUCACCUACAAACUAUUGACGCUGAAGACUCGCGACAGGCGGCGCAGCGGUCCGCGGCGGUUCCUGGAGGAGCGCGCGCCGCACAGCGUGGCCCUCAUCAGCCUCGACAAGGCGCCACUUCCCGCCUUCCGUCUCCCGCGCAUGCGCCGCCAGUACAUGCACGAACCGCACGACCACCGCGACCCGCUCGAUGACGUAUUACCUCAUCACCGACGCCAAAACCAGUAGCCUCCAUUAAUAAAUUGAUAUCAGUUACGUUUAAAACCUAUGUCUUUCAUUUCAAUCUCUACGUCAUGUGUUAUUUUAAGCCUCCUCAUUGUAGAAUACAU